AUGUCACCCCUCAACAGUCAAGUGAAUGCCCCUCUGUUCACUCCCAAUGAGGAAGUUGACUCCAAAGCAGCCCAAAUGAAAGCCCGCUACGAGGAAGAAAGGAAGAAACGUCUACGUGAGGAUGGAAACGCACAAUUCAUCGAAGUCUCAGAGUCCCCUCAGUAUGAACGUUUCGCCGACGAUCCGUGGAUUGACCCGACAGCAGUCCAACCUCCGCUCCAAGAGAAGUUCCCCGAUAACCGAUGCGAGAUGCUGAUCAUCGGUGCCGGAUGGGGUGGUAUACAAAAUGCUGUCCGCAUGGUCGAGGCUGGCAUACUUGCCGAAGAUAUCCGCAUUAUCGACCCGGCUGGUGGCUUUGGUGGCACCUGGUACUGGAAUCGGUACCCUGGGCUUAUGUGCGAUAUUGAGAGCUAUACCUAUCUUCCUUAUUUGGAGGAGACGGGAUACAUACCUAAGCAUCGAUACUCAGAAGGGGAAGAGAUUCGGGAGUACGUUGAUAUUGUUGCGCAGAAAUGGGGAUUGGUGGACUGCGCCGUCUUUCAAACCCAGGCACAGAAGAUUGUCUGGGAUGAGGAUGCUAAAGAAUGGUCGGUUCAUUUGAUCCAGCGUCGCAAGGGCCUAUCUCCAGAGACUCUCCAAAUUCGCUCUAAGUUUGUCACUAUUGCUGUUGGUGUGCUCAACUGGCCUAAGCUGCCGAAUAUCCCGGGGAUUUUCGACUACCAAGGCGAAAUGUUUCAUUCUGCUCGUUGGGCAUACGAUAUCACUGGUGGAUCUCCCAAAGAUCCAUCGCUUAUCAACUUGAAGAACAAGCGGGUCGUGAUUAUCGGCACAGGAGCGACGGCGGUGCAAACUGUUCCACGGCUCGCACAAUGGUGCAAGCAUCUCUAUGUUGUGCAGCGGACGCCGGCCUCUGUGGAUGUUCGGGAUCAGCGAGAGACUGAUGAAGCAUGGUUUCGUAAAGAAGUUGCACGAUCGAAAGGAUGGCAACGAGAGCGAACGCGGAAUUUCCACCAACAUUUCACUCUAAGCGAGAGCGAGAUUCCAGCAGUCAAUUUGGUCAACGAUGAAUGGACCCGCGCGCCUGGUCUAGUCGGUCUGACUGGGUAUAAAGAUGGACCCAAAAUACCGGAGGAUAUCCCAGAAUACACGGCAAGGUUGGUUGAGAUCGACGCUCCUCGUCAAAUCCGCAUUCAUGCUCGUGUGGAUAAAGAGGUUGAGGAUUCAGCAACCGCAGAGAAAUUGAAACCCUGGUAUCCUGUAUGGUGUAAACGCCCUUUAUUCCACGACGACUACCUCAAAACCUUUAACCAAGACAAUGUGACUCUUGUCGAUACGGACGGCAAGGGUGUUGACCGGAUAACCGCAGAUUCUCUUAUCGUCGGCGACCAGACUUACCAGGCAGAUAUAGUCAUCUUCGCGACAGGUUUUCGUGCCCCGCCUGCUGGCACGCCAGCUGAGAAGGCAAACAUGUCAGUCAUAGGCUUGAAUGGAGUCUCCAUGAGUGAGGAAUGGUCUCGCUUCGGCCCUACAACGCUGCACGGCGUCAUCGAUGCCAAAUUUCCGAAUCUAUUCCUCUCCGGACCUCAACAGGCUUCUACAAGCGGGAACUAUCGCUUUAGCCUCGACGAGUACGCGAAACAUGUGUCAUAUAUAUUGGCCGAAGCAAAGCGCAGGGCCAAUGACGUACACUUUGCGGUCGUACCGUCUGAUGAGGCAGCAGAGGACUGGGGCAUUCAAGUCAUGAUGCAUUCUGCGCCAAUGGGGGUUGCACUUGGAUGCACACCGGGGUACUUCAAUUUAGAGGGUGACCUUGAUCGUGCGUUUCACAAACCCGAGCGACAGAUGGCCUUGGCACGGUCGGGUAUUUGGGGCUCAGGGAUCGAGCACUGGCUCCAAAUAAUUGAAAACUGGCGAGCCAAUGGGAACAUGAGGGGUAUUAUGGUACGCUGA